GGUUAUUAUUAUUAAUAAAUUUGUAUAUUUGUGGUUGAUGCCGAGUUUUUUAUUAUCACUAUUUAUAUUACCACAACUGUGGUUUAUGCGGUACGAUAAAACUCGAUGUUUAUACUUCAAUUGACAAUGCAGAUAAAAUAAUCUACACAUCAUAACAUAAAAUAGUAAAAUCGUGGUACUUUCGUUUUUAUACAGGUUUGUUAAUUUGUUUCUAGAUUUUGUUUUUAUCAUAGAUUAUAUGUUUCAUGUAAUCUGUAUUUAAAUCAUUUUUUUAAAUCAUUUUGUAUUUAAAUCAUUUUUAAACUUAAGGUUAUAUUUAUUCGUUUUUUUAUAUCAUAGUAGGUAUAUAAACUUAAAGUAUAUUUUAAUAUUCAAUUUUUUAGACAUGGAAAGUAAAGUGUGUAAAGUUAAUAAUCCCAAAAGAAAUCACAGCGACGACGAUGAGGAUAAACGAGAUUCAAAACAAAGACGAAGACACAGUAGUCGAGAUCGUCACUCGACCAGGGAUAAUUACGAUAAAAACGAAAACCGCAAAUACUCAUAUGGUGAAUUAAAAAUUGGUGAUCCUUACUAUUCAGGUGGUAUUAUAUCAGACAACCCUAAAAAAGAAGAUCGGUAUAAAGAUGACUCUAGACAAAGAAGACGGCAUAGAAGUAAAGAUCGCCAUGAAAAAGAAAAUAGAUCUAGAAAUUCAAAUCACUCCAAAGGAGGAAAAAUUGGUGCACCAUAUUAUUCAGGCGGAAUAAAAGUAAUUGAAGGUGAAAGUGGUGAAGAAUCUAGUAAUGAUGAAGACGAUAAAGUUGGUCAACGAUAUUAUUCUACAGAAGCAGCCGAUAGUCAAAGAAAAAAUAGUGAAAAUUAUUGGAAUAAAUAUGCUACAAAGGAUAAAAAACCAAAUGUAUGUUUAAUAAAUUCAAUGUAAUUAUAUGAUGAAUAUGAACUAAAUAUGAUUAUUUUUUCAGAAUGAUAUUAAUGAUGUACCUUUAAGUCAAAGAAAAACUGUAGACCUAUUAACAUCUAAAACUGGAGGUGCCUAUAUUCCUCCAGCAAAAUUAAGGAUGAUGCAAGAAAGCAUCACAGACAAGUCAAGGUGCUAGUUAUUUACAAUUAUUUAAUUCAAUUUAAAAAAAAUUAAUUCCUCAACCGUCAACCAGUAGUGACAUAAAUUGAUAUCCUAAUUUCGCUAUGAAGCAGCUGCUUUAUAGCGAAAUUAGGUAGGUGGGUAAAUCUUUAUCAUAACUAACAUUAAAAAAAAAUGUGAAGUAUAUGACCAUCUAGACCACAUGGGAAGAGGAAUACAGGAACAUCUAGUAGCCUUAGUUACGACUCUUGAUUAUUCUUUUUGGUUUGUAUAAGGUUUUAUCUAAUUUUACCGAAACUCCUUCAUAGAAAAAGUUUCACGCUGCCAUUGCUACCAACAGUUUAAUAAUUUUAGAAACUAAAAAACUUUUUUUAUAAGUAAAAUUUCAUAUAGGUAUUAAUCAUAUGAUAAUUAUUUUAGUGCUGCAUACCAGAGAAUUGCCUGGGAAGCAUUAAAAAAGUCAAUUCACGGAUUAACCAAUAAAAUUAAUGUAGAUAAUAUUGGAAAAGUGACGCGAGAUAUAUUAAAAGAAAAUAUUAUUCGAGGUAGAGGUUUAUUGUGUCGGUCGAUAAUGCAAGCUCAAUUGGCGUCCACAACAUAUACUCAUGUAUUUGCUGCUUUAGUUGCUAUCAUCAACACAAAAGUAAUUUGAUUUUGUUACAAAGAAACAAUUUAUGGAAUAAUAAGUACAUUUCAAUAUUUUCAGUUUCCAAACAUAGGAGAAUUACUAUUAACCAGGUGUAUUGUACAGUUUAAAAGAGCCUAUCGCCGUAGUGAAAAGUCUCAAUGUUUAGGAUCAGUCACUUUUAUUGCGCAUCUGAUUAAUCAGAGUGUUGUGAGUUUUAAACUAAUUUAAAUUUUGUCAUGAAUAAUUCUUAUAUUUUCUUUUUCUUUCAUUGUAGGCCCAUGAAAUCUUGGCAUUAGAAUUGUUAACGUUAUUUGUAGAGACUCCUACAGAGGAUUCAAUUGAAGUCGCAAUAGCAUUUUUAAAAGAAUGUGGUCAAAAAAUGAGCCAAGUCAGUAAAAAAGGAAUGUCUGCAAUUUUUGAUAUGUUACGUAAUAUUCUACAUGAUGGACAACUUGAUAAAAGAGUAAAUAUAUAAUAAUUAAUAAUUAUUAAAAUUAAAAUACUAAUUUUCUUUCAUAAAAUAAAUAUUAACUGCUCAAAAAUUUACUUUAAAUAUAUUAUUUAUGAAAUUUCUCAAUAAAAUAUUUAAAAAUAUGUAUGUAUAAUUGAUUUUAAUUGAUUUAUUAUUUAUAAAAUAAUGUGUAUCUUAACAUUUCCCAAAUAUUAUUACAUUAUUACUUAAUUUAUAUUCAUAUAUAUAUUGGUAAUUCUUUAGGUACAAUAUAUGAUAGAAGUGAUGUUUCAAAUUCGUAAGGAUGGAUUUAAAGAUCAUCCUGCUGUAAUUGAACAACUCGAUUUAGUACCAGAAGAGGAUCAAUUUACACAUUUAUUAACUUUAGAUUCUGCUAAAGACCCUCAAGAUAUUUUAAGUAAUAAUUACUAAUUGUUUGUUUACUGUUUUUACCUAUUCAUGAACAUUACAGUUGAUUAACCAUAAAUGCUAAACUUGAUUUCUAGAUGUUUAUAAAUUUGAUCCGGACUUUGAAGCUAAUGAAAAACGUUACAAAUCAUUACGAACAGAAAUAUUAGGGUCAGACAAUGAAGAUGGAAGUGGUGGUUCAGAUGAUGGCUCAGAUGAUGAUGAUGAUGAUGAUGAUGAUGAUGAUGAAGGUGAUAAGGAUGAGGAAGGAAAAGGUAAGCAAAUUUUAUUUAAAAUGUUUUUUUAUUUGAUAAAUAAUUUUAAUAUUUCUUUUUUAGAAGGCGAAGGAAAAGUGAUAAUAGAUAACACAGAAACAAACAUGAUUGCAUUACGAAAAACCAUUUACCUAACAAUACAUUCAUCACUUGAUUAUGAAGAAUGUGCCCAUAAAUUAAUGAAAAUGCAAUUGAAACCUGGGCAAGAAAUAGAGAUGUGUCAUAUGUUUUUGGAUUGUUGUGGUGAACAAAGAACAUAUGAAAAGUUUUUCGGGCUUUUAGCACAAGUAAAAUUUAUCUCAAAAAAAUAAUAAUGAUCUUCAACAUAAUAUUUCUGUUUACUGGUAAUGAUAUUUCACCAUAGGAUAAUCUUAAAAUAUAUAUUAUUCUUUUAUUUGUUCGAGUUUAUACAAUCUGUAAUAACAAUGAGCAUCUUCUUCUGAGAUAUUAUCUUUGUCACUACAUCUGAGACUGUUCAAAAUUUUAAAUAUGCAGGUUAUGAUUUUAAACAUAGAAUGGAACACAUUAUCAAUUACGUAUAACAAUAUGAAUUGGACAUUUUAUAUUUCAUUUGUUUGGGCCAAGUUAAAAAAAAAAAAUAAAAUUAUAUUAAUAUAUAUUUGAAAUUCUAAACUAAUUAGAUAACACAAAUUGUAGUAUUGAGUUUUAAAUGUUAAAAUACAAUCUGUGUUAUUUUCAUAUUAUAGUGAAACCUCUAUUAAUGGACACCUCUAUAGUGAACCCUUCCCAAUAAUUAGCACUUUUAAAUUCCCCUGCAAAAAUAUAUGUACAUAAUAGGAGUUAUAACCUCUUAAUAGUGGACGUGGACACUAAAAACUGGUAUCAAAAUUAAAAAUUAUCUCUUAUAAAUAAACACAAUACAUGUACAUACCGAAAAUGUUUAAGUAAUAAAAAUAUUAUGUGUGUUUAUUUUUAUACAUUUUGUUCAUAUUUUAUCUUAUCUUAAAAGGACGUUAUCCUGUAUCUACUGUCUUAGUCCAACUACUGGGAAACAUGCAAAAACAAUGCUUACGCAGAAAAAGUAAAACUUGCUUAAUUUUGAUUUUAGAGUAUUGUAUGUAUAUGUAUACCCAAUUUUCUAUAACACCUCCCUAUAAUGGACGUUUUGUAAUUUCUCACAAAUGUCCACUAAAUAGAAGUUUUCUCAAUAAUGGAGAUUAUUUUAUUUCCCAUGUCUGUCCACUAUAUAGAAGUUUCACUGUAUCAUGAAUCAUCGUAGAAGAAAAAUAAUGUUGAAGACUUAUAAAAUAUAAAUGUAUAAAUAUUUAUUUUUAUAUUUUUUUCAGAGAUUUUGUCAAAUAAACAAUGUGUUUAUUGAACCACUGCAAAAAAUUUUCAUUGACAGUUAUGCUACUGUUCAUCGUUUAGAAACAAACAAAUUACGUAAUGUCUCCAGAUUUUUUGCACAUUUAUUAUUUACAGAUUCUAUUUCUUGGGGGGUAUUAUCCACAAUACAUUUGAAUGAAGAAGAAACCACUUCUUCUAGCAGAAUUUAUAUCAAGAUUCUUUUUCAAGAAUUGGCUGAACACAUGGGACUCAAUAAAUUAAAUGCUAGAGUUCAAGAUCCGUUAGUAAAAUAGUUUCAUUUGUUGCUAGACAUUUUAUUUAUAUUAUUUGUUUAAUUUUAAAUAUCAUAUGAAUUGUUUCAGGGAAUUGAGACUAGCAUUUGAAGGAAUAUUUCCUAAAGACAACCCAAAAAAUACAAGAUUUUCCAUUAAUUUUUUCACAUCUAUUGGUUUGGGUGGUUUAACGUAAGUGUUGUAAUUAUGCAAUUUUUAAAUAAAAUUUUCACCUAAUGCUAAACUAUGAAUCAUUUAAUUUUUAGUGAUGAACUACGGGACUUUCUCAAAAUACAACCUAAACAAGUUCCUGCUGUUGCUAAAAUCAUUGACCAACUAUCUGAAUCAUCAGAUAGUGAUAGUGAUAGUGACAGCAGUUCAAGUAGUUCAAGUAGUAGUAGUAGUAGUUCCAGUAGUAGUAGUAGUGGUAGUUCAAGUAACAAAAGUACUGAAACAAACAAAAUAAAUGAAAAGAAAGGUUAGUACAAGAAUUAAUUUGUUAGUUUUUGUUUUUUAAUAAUAAACUUUUUGAUUCCUGAUCCAAGGACUACUUAAAUAUUCUAUUUUUCAUGAGAAUUUUUAAUGAGUGUAAUAGUAUUUAUUUUAAACCAUAUUAUAGACAACUCAACAACAGUUAUAUUUUACUGGAAUGUUAAGUUCAGCCAAAUGUCUUGCACACAGAAAAAUUAAGAAGCUAAGAUUUUAAACAAAUAUUAGUUAUAAUAACAUAUAAAUGAAAUUAAAGAUAAUUAUGGAAUACAGAUAAAUGAGCAGUAACUUAUAGUCUCCUUAAAUCAUUUCAUAUCUUAACAAACCAACAAUAAUAACUAAAUAUCUGAACCAUUAAGUACGACUUUUAAUAAACCCCCAAUCAAAUUUUCAAGCAUAUCUGUUAAAUCUAACAUAUUUAAUACCAUAAAUGGUAGCAUACCAUAAAUAUUUGCAUUUACCUAAAAUUUUCUUUCGGAUUUUUCCCAAUUAUUUUGAAAUCUCUUGGAAAAUCAAAAAUAAUCUCUUUAUAGUCUAUUCAGGUUAAGAGUGUCCAAACUCGCGCAUGCAUACCAAGCCCCCGACAACUGUCGGACCCCCCGGACGAGAUCAGACGUUCUGUGAUUGGUCGGCAUUGUUCGAUCACUAUCGCUGUCUAUCGGAGUCGGCAACGCGCCGCCGUGUAUAUCACAUGAUGAUAAAAACAAAACAGGUAUUCUCCGUCGCGUCAUAUUUUAUAUUAUAACACAAAUGAUAUACAAAAUUACAAAUACAUAAAAAAAAAUUAAAGAUAUUUACAAAAAAAAAAAAAAAUGUUUUUACGAAACAAUUCAAAACGUCAUGUGGGUAUAUAAGAAAAUAUUUAAAAAUUAAAUUUUCAUUCUGAAUCAGAUGUUGUCUCUGACGACGUGUCUCCAGUUACUGUACUAUACCACACUACGUAUAAUGUGCGUCGGUACACCACAGCUCUCCCCAUAGAAAAAUACAUGUGCGAACUGAACUAGUUUUCGUCCAAGCGAGUGGGCACUCUUAACCUGAAUAGACUAUAGUACACCAGCUAGACAAUAUUUUUUUAAGAAAGUCCUACAGAAAAAUCUCUAUUAAUGAAAACCUCUCAAUAGUGGACACUUAUAAAUUCCCCAGCAAAAAUGUAUGUAGUAGGAGUUAUAACUUCUUAAUAGUGAACAUGAACAUUAGAAACUGGUACAAAAAUAUAGAAAACGUUUGAAUAACAUUAGUACUAUAUUUAUCUUUUAUACAUUUUGUUGAUAUUUUAUCUUAUCUCAAUGGUUUCCCUAUUCAAUAAAUGACAAAUGGUUCGGUUAUGUGUUCAGUUAUGUGCUUAAAAAAUGUACACAAAAAAAAUUAUUUUAAUUGUACAUAAAUAUUUAAAAUUUUUUAUUACAUAUACAUAUGUUAUAAAUAACAAAUUUAAAUUAAACUUAAUAUAAAUCAUAUAAUAAACAAUUAAUAUAUUAUAGUACAGUAAAUAAUAGUACAUUUUUUAGAAAUUAUAAUAAUAAAUACAUGUAAGUAAUAAAUAAUACAAAUUUUAAUAUGUAUGUAUAUGUUUAACCAAUUCUCUAUAGCACCUCUCUAUAGUUGACAUUUUUAAUUCCCCAUGGCUGUACACUAUAUAAAGAUUUCAUCAUUGUAGUUAGAUUUCUGACAGAAAAGUUAUUCAUAGAUAGAAAAAAACUAGCACACAUAUUAAAACUAAUAAAUCCCUCGCUAUGCUUCAAAUCUAAAAAAAUUGAAAUCUGUUUAAACAAAAAAAAAAAUGAAAUUUAUUAACAAAACUAAUAUAAAAUAUUAUAUUUAAUUACCCAAUUGAAAGGAUUAAUCAUUAUAAUAUUUAAGUAUAUAAUUGUAAUUUUUAUUUUAAACAUUUUUAUAAAUUUGAUGUAUUACAUUUCUAAAGAAGAAUUAUAAAAACUUAUUUUACAACUAAAAUUCUAGAAAAAAAUUAAUAGGUUUAUCUACGGAAAAUAAACGAAAAGCUCUUCACAUUCCUCUUAAAAAUAAAUACAUUUCUAAAAAAUAAACAAAAUCAAAGAAAUUAAUCUAUUCUUUUUAAUCACUAAUAAACAUAUGUUUUGCUUUGUAUUUUAUAGGAGAUAAAAAUAAAAAAGAAAUCAAUGAUUCUAAAGAAAAUGAAAAACACAAAAGAAAUGAAGAAAGAAAAGACACAGACAAAUUUAAAAGAAAUGAAAAUGAAACACAGAAAAGAAGAAAUAUUGACAAACCUAAAAGAGAUGAAGAAAUAAAUGUAAAUGAAAAGUCUAAGAGGUAUUAUGAAGGAAGGGAUGUAAAUGAAAAGUCAAGAAGACAAGAGGAAAGAAGAGAAAAUGAUAAGCCUAGAAGGUAUGAAGAAAGAAAGGAAAAUGACAGAUUUAGAAGACACGAUGACAGGAAUGAAUAUGAUAAGUACAAAAGACAUGAUGAAAGAAAAGAUCAUGAUAAAUAUAAAAGAAAUGAUGAAAGAAAAGAAAAUGACAAGUAUAGAAAAAAUGAUAAAGGAAAAGAAAAUGAAAAAAAUAAGAAAAAUGAAGAAGGAAAAGAAAACGUUAAACAAAGAAGAAAUGAUGAAUCAAAAGAAAUUGACAAAUUUAAAAGAAAUGAAGAUGAAAAAGAAAGUGACAGGCCUAGGAGAAGACGAUAAUUACCCUGAUUCAAUUUGUAUAAAAUAUAUUAAUUGUAUUCAAUUUUAAUCAAUUAUUUGUAACAAUCGUUUUUUUAUUGCCUUUUCUGUGUAAAAUAUUUUAUUUUAUCUGAUAAAAAUAGAUGAUUCAACUAUACUAGUGCCAUCGUAAGAACGUUUCUCGUUUGCGCAUUCAAAUUACGGAGCUCCGCGGUUUUAUCACACUCUACCAUCUAGUCUCCGCCGUAAAUUCCCCCACUCGCUAUGCGCGACCAUCGGCUAAUAUCACCGGCAGCC